GUUAAGAAAAUAUUUACUAAAUAAACUAAAAAAAUAAAAGUAACACAAUAAAAUAACAAUAAUGAGGCUAUAUGAGAAGAAGGGAAGGGAACACUGCCCAUACCUAGCUCCCCAACCAAGGUGUAGGGAUUGACGAGAAAAAGCCCUGAUGAAGGCUGAGGGCUAAAAUGCCUUGGUUUUACUUGAAACAAUAAACAAGCACUUUUAUCAACUUUCACUGUCCUCCAAGAGUUGCUGAAUAACCUUGUCACUUCAAUAUGACAGGUAAGAUCCAUCACAGAGGGGUCCUUGUGUGGGACAGCCCAGGUCCAAAUACUGUCACGUUGCUUCUCAGAAUUAUAAAUGUUCCAUGAAUAAGGAAUGGGUUUGUAUUGAUUGAAGGCAACAUGUCAGCACCAAUCUAAAGCUUACCACUGCUCUUUAAUGGUAUGAAGUGUCUUUUCAGGUUUAAAUGAGAUAUUUUCUAUCUACAUAGAUCUUUGUAAUUGGUGUGACACCUCAUUCAUGUGGCCAUGGAUCUCUCUCCUCUCGCUGACAGAUGUGGGAGACUAACAUUCCACAUAGUCCUGCCCUACAGCUUCCCCCACUACCCCUGUAUAGAAGCAGCUGUCAGAGCCACCUACCACAAGGACAUCUGUGGCAACUGCACCGUGGACUCCAACUCUACUUCCUCAGCUGGGUGUAACAGCAGCCAGAGAAACAAGUCUCUGAGCAGCGCAGGGAUGGGUGUUAACGAGACAGACAGCACAGUGGCAGAUACAGUGAGGCAGAUUGAAGUCGCUACUGUCGGCAACCCAGCUCCAACUGAUGGACACCAGAUGUUGUCUGAGGGGGGUGUUAAUAUGCUAAACAUACAUCACCAGCAGCACCAGCAGCAACAUAACUACCAGCAGCAACAUAACCAGCAGCAGCAACAUAACCACCAGCAGCAUCAUAACCACCACAACCUUGGGUCAGACACAGAUAAACAGGACUCCAAUUAACAUCAUCUGUGUAGUUUCUGAGACGAGUAAUAGUUAGUUAGCAUGGUGGUGGUGGCUUAUGUCAGUGACUUGACCGUCCGAUAAAUAGUUUUGUAUGAAUUCAGUUUGAUUUUGUCUGUGCCUGUCAAUUGUAUCUGAUAAAGCAAACCUGUACAGUAAACUGGCCCUUGGAAUACAGUGUGUCUUCCCUACAUGUGGUUGGGUGACAGGUUCUACUCUCCUCUGCUAUGAAGUCUGCGGGUCAAACCUUACUGAGGUGCCUGUAGGCAGAUGCUGUGCUGAGGAAAAUGGGACUGAUAGUCACCGAACCCAUGCAGGGCAGUGUGCUGGACUUCAGGGUAUACUUAGGCAUCCAAAAUGUAGGUUCCAGGUUGCUAGUUGUUCCAUGGUCAGAUACUGGUUAUUCACAAGCAUGUAG